UGACCUGUCACUAGUUUUCCAUUUCUCUUCUUCUGGGACAGAAGUUCUGACUGACACAUCCACUGCAGCUGGCUAAGGGCACCUAACUGGAGGGUCUUUGAGCCUUGGAGGAGCCACUUUUGUGGUCAGGAAUCUGCAGGACAGUGCCGAGUGGCUUGGAGAACCUCCUCCUGGGGGACUGACCAAGAAGAGGAAGGCCCUGGAACAGCCCAUCGGCAAAACCUCCAGCCUCACCUGCUGCUCCAGCCCUGUAGCUGGCUGGAGCCUCCAAGCCUGAUUAGGUCUUCCCUGGAAAUCUGAUUCAGGGAGGCCCUCAGGAUGUCUGCCUCACCGGGGGGCCAGAGCCCGGAUUCGAAGGUACUCAACAUGACAGUGGACGAGUGCUUCCAGAAUCGGAACACCGUCCUCCAGGGACAGCCCUUCGGGGGCAUCCCCACCGUGCUGUUUCUCAACAUCGUCUUGUGGGUGGUUGUCCUUUUGGUUUACUCCUUCCUCCGGAAAGCCGCCUGGGACUAUGGGCGCCUGGCCCUGCUGAUGCACAAUGACAGCCUGACCUCACUGAUCUAUGGGGAGCAGAGUGAGAAGUCGUCUCCCUCGGAGAUUUCCCUGGAGAUGGAACGCAGGGACAAGGGCUUCUGUUCUUGGCUGUUCAACAGCUUAACCAUGAAGGACCAGGAGCUGAUCAACAAGUGUGGCGAUGACGCGCGCAUCUACAUUGCCUUUCAGUACCACUUCAUCGUCUACGUUCUCAUCCUCUGCAUCCCUUCCCUGGGCAUCAUUUUGCCCAUCAACUACACUGGGACUGUCCUGGACAGGAGCAGCCACUUUGGCCGGACCACCAUCGUCAACGUGUCUACAGAGAGCAAGCUCCUGUGGGUGCACAGUCUCUUCGCGUUCCUGUACUUCCUCACCAACUUCAUCCUCAUGGCCCAUCACUGCUUGGGGUUUGUGCCCAGAAAGAGCCAAAAGGUCACAAGGACACUAAUGAUCACCUAUGUGCCCACAGACAUCCAGGACCCGGAGAUGAUCAUUAAGCAUUUCCAGGAGGCCUACCCAGGCUGCAUCGUGACCAGAGUCCACUUCUGCUAUGAUGUCAGGAACCUGAUAGACUUGGACGAUCAGAGGCGCCAUGCCAUGCGGGGCCGGCUCUACUAUACGGCCAAGGCCAAGAAGACUGGGAAGGUGAUGAUUAAGAUCCACCCCUGCUCCCGCCUGUGCUUCUGCCAGUGCUGGACCUGUUUCAAGGAGGUAGAUGCAGAGCAGUAUUACGGUGAGCUGGAGGAGCAGCUGACUGACGAGUUCAAUGCCGAGCUCAACCGAGUGCAGCUGAAGCGUCUGGACCUCAUCUUUGUCACCUUCCAGGACUCCAGGAUGGCGCAGCGCGUCCAGGAGGAUUACAAGUACGUCCAUUGCGGCAUGCCCCCGCAGCAGUCCUCAGUGACCACCGUUGUCAAAUCCUACCACUGGAGGGUCGCUGAGGCCCCACACCCCAAAGACAUUAUUUGGAAACACCUAUCCAUCCGCCGCUUCAGUUGGUGGGCCCGCUUUAUCUCGAUCAACACCUUCCUCUUCUUCCUCUUCUUCUUUCUCACCACGCCUGCCAUCAUCAUCAACACCAUCGACAUGUACAACGUCACCCGCCCCAUCGAGAAGCUGCAGAGCCCCAUCGUGACCCAGUUCUUCCCCUCCCUGAUGCUUUGGGCCUUCACAGUGAUCUUGCCUCUGAUAGUCUUCUUCUCUGCCUUCCUCGAGGCCCACUGGACCAGAUCCAGUCAGAACCUGAUCAUAGUGCACAAGUGCUAUAUCUUCCUCGUGUUCAUGGUGGUCAUUCUGCCCUCCAUGGGCCUGACCAGUUUGGACGUCUUCUUACGCUGGCUCUUUGACAUCUACUAUCUAGAGCAUGCGACCAUCCGGUUCCAGUGUGUGUUCCUGCCAGACAACGGCGCCUUCUUCGUCAACUAUGUGAUCACCGCCUCUUUGCUCGGCACAGGCAUGGAGCUCAUGCGCCUGGGGUCGCUUUUCAUGUAUAGUACCCGCCUCUUCUUUUCCCGAUCGGAGCCAGAGAGAGUCCACAUCAGGAAGAACCAGGCCAUAGAGUUCCAGUAUGGGCGUGAGUACGCGUGGAUGAUGAAUGUCUUCACUGUGGUCAUGGCGUACAGCAUCACCUGCCCCAUCAUUGUCCCUUUCGGGCUGCUCUACCUGUGCAUGAAGCACCUCACAGACCGAUACAACAUGUACUACUCCUAUGCGCCCACCAAGCUGAACGAGCAGAUCCACAUGGCCGCGGUCUCCCAGGCCAUCUUUGCACCACUCUUGGGUCUGUUCUGGAUGCUCUUCUUCUCCAUCCUGCGAGUGGGUUACCUCCACAGCAUCACCUUGUUUUCCUUGACCACCCUUGUAGCUUCCCUGCUUAUUGCCUUUUUUGGCAUUUUUCUGGGGAAGCUGAGGAUAUACUCUGACUAUGAGCCCGACGAGGAGACCCAGACGGUGUUUGACAUGGAGCCGAGCAGUGCAUCCUCCACUCCUACCUCCCUCCUGUACGUGGCCACCGUGCUGCAAGAGCCAGAGUUGAACCUGACCCCAGCCUCCUCCCCGGCCCGGCACACCUAUGGUACCAUGAACAGCCAGCCAGAGGAAGAAGAAGAGAGCGGCUUGCGGGGCUUUGCAAGGGAGCUGGACUCUGCCCAGUUCCAGGAAGGGCUGGAACUGGAGGGCCAGAGCCAGCACCACUGAGCAGGACUCCAGGCAGGGGCAGGGGAGAGCUCAGCAAGGGGAGGUAAAGGGCGGCCCGGGCCUCCUUGCUCCCUCCUGCAGACUUCAGGAUGCUCCGGAUGCAGACAUCUGCUGCUCAGCCAUAGCGACGUGGAGCCCCAGCCUGCCGACCAGUUAGGAUGCAGGUGCCAAGCGGUGCCCAGAACCCUGGGAUGGCACAGAGGAAGCACCACUGUGUCCUGGGGAGGUGGCUGAAUCCCAAGAUACAGACUGAAUGGGGUCAAGAUGGAGGAGUGCAUAAGGAAGGAGGCAGGAAGAGGCCUGCGGGACACUUUUGGGGCCUCCCUCACCCUUGCUCCAGCUGCCCUUUGAGCUGCUGCUGCUCCAGCCCCCAGGCCUCCCCGAGGUCUGAAAGGUGCUGGGCCUCACAGAUAAGUCACAAGUGACUGUUGUAUCCCAGGUUUUCAUGCAGGAAAGCUAUAGAGUCCUGGUACCCUCCCUUCCCACAGGGACAGCAAGAAGAGGAGACUGAGCCCUUUCCUCAGCCCUCCUCCCAGUCCCCAAGUGCAGCAAGGCAGCACCUUCUUUGUACUCUGAUAAGGGUGGCCUGGAUCCCGCCACUUGGGCUCCUUAAACAAGACCUGAGGUAUGGUGAAGGAGCCUUGCAAGUUCGUGCAGGUUUGUGUAAGAGGGGACAGUACUGUAAGGUAGUACUCAGGGUGGGGCCUCUCCCCAAAAGUCUGGGUAGCGGGAAACCAGAUGCACAUCCCCAGCCCAGGCUGCUGAGCAGAUCCCAAAGCCCAGAAGGGGGCCACUAAGAACCUGUCUGAGUGGUGGGCAGCAGCUAAGGGUAAGAAACCCAGGCUUCGGACAAAGGGUUUGGCCACUCCUUGCUACCCGAGUUGGAGUCUUCCUUGAAUCUCUACGUGUCCACUAAGGAUCACCUGAAAGGCCUCCAGGUGUCCCUGGCUUUCCACAGUGAUGUCAACCAGCCUUGGAGGUGGCAUGACCAGUGUGUUCCCCAGGGAGAAGCCCUUGCUAAGAAGGCAGGACUGUCUUCCCAGGGCGGCCUCCACCAGAAGCCUGGCAGGGCUGAAUCCUGAACAGUGCUGGUGAUUCUCAACACUUGUGCUGUGGUGAGGGGACACCAGCCACCACCCCUGGGAUAGGCUGCCCUCCAGUUCCAGUGCAGCCCAACCAGGAUAGACAUGGAGGAGGGGUUGCAGGGGUCUUCAAGCUCCUGAGCCCCCCAACCCUCCUCAAGGUCUGGGUCACUCCCUGCCACUGAAGUGCUGCAGUGGCCCAGGGCCUGUCACCUCAGGCUCUGCCUUGGCCCCAGAACAGGUGGCCCUGAGGGCAGCUCACCUAGAUCCCACUCUAUUCCAUUUUAGCCCAGCCCCCAGCCCCAGCAUCUCCCUGUCUCACCCCUGCUGAGAAGGGCAGUUGGUGCUGUGCCCUCAGGUCUUGUCUCAAACUUUGCCAUGGGGAUCUUUCCAGAGAAGUUGGGUCAGCUGGAGGAGGCUGUUUUCCUUCUUGGCCCAGCUUGGAAUAGGGGGGCAAUUAUACCCAGCUAGGCCUUUACACAUCAGUUCCCAAGGACCCCCUCCCCUGAUAUUUAAGCAACAAGGGCGUAAGACCCUUUUGACCAGCCCCAGCUCUGACUAAAGUGGGGAUGACCAGCUGCAGGCUGUGCCCAACCCUACAGGGUGUACUCAGUAAGUAAGGGUUUGGGGGUGCUGCCAGAGGUGCUCCUUCCCUGGGCACCACUUGUUGGCAUCUCUCCCCAGUCCUGCUGCCUCCCCCUUCCCCUCCAGCCUGUGGUAGUUAUAUAUGGCAAGGGUCCUUCAAGCAACUUGGCAAGAUGGCUUGGCACACCCUCGAAUCUGGGCCAAGCGCAGCCUGGUUCUGGUGUGAAUUUUGGUAAAGUGCCAGUCUCUACUCGUUUUUCUCCUCUUCCUGGAGGCCUAGGGUCAAAGGCAAGGCCCCGCCCAGCCAGCUGUACCUCCAUCUCCCACCAUCACUGGGAAUGUUGGGGAGCAUCUUUUAGCUUCCCACAUUCACCGCACAUCCAGGCCCUCCCAGUGCACCUCCCCACCUGCCUGCUCCCCCAGCUCACACCUGUGUCACCUGUUGGCCUCUGCCUCCUGCCACUCACCCUCCCUACACUUUCCACUUAUUCGAUCCUUUCUGGAGGAAGCUGCCUCUUGGAGGAGUCCAUAAGGCCUCGAGCCUCCUGAGACAGGCUCUCCCCAGGUCCCGCACAGACCCAGCCUUGCCUGCCUGUCCCUCAGCUGCCUCUGGAAGCAAAGUGCCUAUCAGCAGCAUUGCAUCCUCUAGGGGCCCGGAGGGGUUGUGGACUCACCUUGGCCACCACCACUAAAGGAAUGUGCCAGAAGGCUGAACCUUCUUGUUACCGAUGCUGUGACUGUGCCUUCAAUAAACAC